AUGUCGGCAGCAACCACUUACAAACCUUCUCCACUUUCUUAUGGCUCCCCACGAGCGUCUCCGUUUCGCCGGGCUGGGAGCCCUGCUUCUCCUUCUCCCCUCCGACAGUCAACACCAAAUCCAUCGCCCACAAAAAUGGCCACAGCCACAGCGACAACGUCAACCACCACACCCUCCAAACUAGCACAAAUAUCCACGCCAACUAGCACCACAGAUGCAGAUACCUGGACGCCCCGAGGUCUCGCAUCGCCACAGAGGAGAGAAAGAGAGCCGUCACCGACACCCAUAAGAGGCGCAAGUAGUCCCGGUUUUGGAGGAAUGCUCACGAGCAGGAACACCGCAGAUAGUAGUGCCCUUUCAAAGCUGCAACCAGCGCAGGUGCGGGAACUGAGAGAAGGUUUUCAGAUCUUGGACCGGGAUAGCGAUGGUCAGGUUGGGCGGGAGGAUGUUGCGGAUAUGCUAACGCAAUUGGGUCUGCCGGCGAACUCCUCAGAUAUCACAGCCUUCUUUCCUCCAUCCACGCCCCAGACUAUUACCCUCCCGACUUUCCUAAAUUCCCUUGCCGGUCUGCUAGCUUCGCUUUCCCCAUCACCAGAGCUCCUCUCCGCAUUUUCGGCAUUCGAUGAAGAUGAUAGUGGACAGAUUGAUCUUGCUGAGCUUCGAGAUGCGCUCUUACAUACUGCGCCAGAGCCAGGCGAGCAACCGCUUACAGAAAGGGAAAUCGAUAGGGUUAUGAGUGGUUUUACCGGGAGACGAGCGUUUGGAAAGCACUCUGGUGGUGGAAUGGGUAAGAGAGGAGAGGUAUUUAAGUACCAUGAGUUUGUUUCGGGUGUUACCGGGGGCUCAAGCGUAGAUGGGAAAGGAGAUGUUGAGAGGGAGGAAUAG